CGGUGCCGGGGGCCGGGCGCGCAGCCGGGGCGGCGGCGGGGCGCGAAGCAGCGCAGCGCAGGCCAUGGCGCCGCCGCAGAAGGAGAUCGUUUAUAAUAAGCUGUUGCCCUACGGGGAGCGCCUGGAGGCCGAGGCCGCCCGCUUUCUCGCGCAGAUCAAAGACAACCUGGCGCGGGCCGUGCAGCUUCAGGAGCUGUGGCCCGGGGGGCUCUUCUGGAGCAGGAAGCUUUCGACAUACAUCCGAUUAUAUGGAAGAAAAUUUAGCAGAGAAGAUCAUGUGCUUUUUAUCAAAUUGCUGUAUGAGUUGGUAACGAUUCCAAAGCUCGAGAUCAGCAUGAUGCAAGGGUUUUCACGCCUGUUGAUAAACCUGUUGAAGAAAAAAGAGCUGCUUUCCAGGGAUGAUUUAGAGUUACCAUGGAGACCACUUUAUGAAAUGUUGGAAAGAAUAUUAUACUCCAAAACAGAACAUCUUGGAUUGAAUUGGUUUCCCAAUUCUGUAGAAAGUGUUCUGAAAACACUGGUGAAGAGCUGCAGACCCUAUUUUCCAGAAGAUGCCACUGCAGAGAUGCUCGAUGAAUGGAGGCCUCUAAUGUGUCCCUUUGAUGUUACCAUGCAAAAGGCUAUUACCUACUUUGAACUGUUUCUACCUACUACCCUUCCUCCUGAACUUCACCAGAAAGGUUUCAAACUUUGGUUUGAUGAAUUUAUAGGCCUUUGGGUGUCAGUUCAAAAUCUUCCCCAAUGGGAAGGGCAUCUGGUAAACCUAUUUGCUCGCUUGGCCACUGACAACAUUGGGUACAUAGACUGGGAUCCAUAUGUACCAAAGAUCUUUACCAGAAUUUUGAGGAGUUUAAAUCUUCCAGUGGGAAGCAAUCAAGUAGUUGUUCCACGGUUCUUAACCAAUGCCUAUGAUGUGGGACAUGCAGUGAUGUGGAUCACAGCCAUGAUGGGUGGACCAAGUAAGCUGGUGCAGAAGCACUUAUCUGGAUUGUUCAAUAGCAUUGCCUCCUUUUACCACCCUUCAAAUAACGGACGCUGGCUGAACAAACUGAUGAAGCUACUUCAGAGGUUACCCAGCAGUGUUGUCAGAAGGCUGCAUCGUGAGCGCUACAAGAAAAUGACUUGGCUAACUCCUGUGCCUGAUACUCAUAAACUUACUGAUCAAGAUGUUACAGACUUUGUACAGUGCAUUAUUCAACCUGUUCUGCUGGCUAUGUUUAGUAAAACUGGAAGCCUGGAGGCUGCCCAAGCUCUGCAGAACCUUGCACUGAUGCGUCCUGAAUUAGUAAUUCCACCUGUACUUGAGAAAACAUAUCCUGCACUUGAGACAUUGACAGAACCCCAUCAGCUCACAGCUACGUUAAACUGUGUUAUUGGAGUAGCUCGCAGUCUGGUAUCGGGGGGAAAGUGGUUUCCUGAAGGUCCAACACACAUGCUACCUCUACUGAUGAGAGCAUUACCUGGGGUGGAUCCAAAUGACUUCAGCAAGUGUAUGAUUACAUUCCAGUUCAUUGCAACGUUUUCUACUUUGGUGCCUUUAGUAGAUUGUUCAUCUGUAUUGCAAGAAAGAGAAGAUCUUUCAGAGGUGGAAAGAGAACUGUGCUCUGCAACUGCUGAAUUUGAGGAUUUUGUACUGCAGUUUAUGGACAGGUGUUUUGGACUUAUAGAGAGUAGCACGCUGGAACAAACCAGAGAGGAGACUGAAACUGAGAAAAUGACUCAUCUGGAGAGUCUAGUGGAAUUGGGUCUCUCUUCUACUUUCAGUACAAUCCUCACUCAGUGUUCAAAGGAUAUCUUUAAGGUUGCCCUGGAGAAGGUGUUCAACUUUGCUGUUUCAAAUAUAUUUGAGACAAGAGUUGCUGGUCGAAUGGUCGCUGAUAUGUGCCGAGCUGCAGUAAAGUGCCGCCCCGAGGAGUCCUUGAAGCUGUUUGUACCACAUUGCUGCAACGUUAUAACUCACCUCACAGUCAAUGAUGAUGUAUUACAUGAUGAAGAACUAGAUAAGGAGCUGCUUUGGAAUCUCCAGCUUUUGUCAGAGAUCACUCGAGUGGAUGGAAAGAAGUUGCUACCAUACAGGGAGCAGCUUGGGAAGAUACUGCAGCGAACCCUACAUUUAACCUGUAAGCAGGGUUACAUUCUGUCUUGUAACCUACUGCACCAUCUUCUUCGUUCUGCUACACUUAUCUACCCCACAGAGUACUGCAGUGUGCCAGGUGGCUUUGACAAGCCUCUUUCUGAAUACUUUCCUAUCAAGGACUGGGGUAAACCAGGUGACCUGUGGAACUUGGACAUCCAGUGGCAUGUUCCUUCAUCUGAAGAAAUAAACUUUGCUUUUUAUUUGCUGGAUACUUUUCUUCAGCCCGAGCUCACCAGACUAGAGCACUAUGCAACUGGAACACUAGAAAUGUCCAGAGAUGAUGUGCAGCAGUGUCUUGCUAUAGUGCAUAACUGCUUGAUUGGUUCUGGGAACGUUCUGCCGCCUCUGAAAGGAGAAAGAGUGGCCCACCUGGUCCCAAGUCUGGUGCCUUUAGAAGAGACAAAACUGUACACUGGUGUUGAAUAUGAUUUAUCAAGAGAGAACUAUCGUGAAGCAAUUGCAAGGGUUACAAGGAAACUGCUGCGCCAUAUCCUUGAUCAUUCAGAAGAUGACACCAAGUCUUUAUUUCUGAUAAUAAAGAUCAUUAGUGAUGUUUUGCAGUUCCAAGGGUCUCACAAGCAUGAGUUUGAUUCGAGGUGGAAAAGCUUUAAUCUAGUGAAAAAAUCAAUGGAGAACAGGCUUCAAGGAAAGAAACAGCAUAUCAGAGCUUUGCUGAUAGACAGAGUUAUGUUGCAGCAUGAGCUGAGGACACUAACCAUGGAAGGCUGUGAAUAUAAAACCUCCCACCAGGAGAUGAUCAGAGAUCUUUUGUGUUUGUCCACCAGUUCCUAUGGUCAGGUCAGAAAUAAAGCUCAACAAGCUUUCUUCACGGCGCUGGGAACGUACAACUUUUGUUGCAGAGAUAUCAUUCCCUUGGUUUUGGAGUUCCUGCGUCCAGACCGGCAAGAUGUCACCCAAAAGCAAUUUAAAGGUGCCUUAUAUUGUCUCCUUGGAAAUCACAGUGGAGUGUGUUUGGCGAACCUUCACGACUGGGACUGCAUCGCUCAGACAUGGCCAGCAAUAGUUUCUUCUGGGCUUAGCAAAGCCAUGUCCUUGGAAAAGCCAUCCAUAGUGAGACUCUUUGAUGACCUAGCAGAGAAAAUCCAUCGGCAGUACGAGACAAUUGGACUGGAUUUUGCGGUUCCAGAGAAAUGCAUUGAGGUCGCUGUUUUGCUGCAAAAAUCACAACAUCCAGGUUCAGACUUCCCAGGUCUCUGUUCAGAAGACAUUGAGUUGGGAAUUCAGCGACAGAAGGAGAAGAACGCUGAGGCUUUGCGAAACUACGAGAAUUUGGUUGACAUGCUGCUGGACUGUGUGGAACAAAGAAAUCUCCCCUGGAAGUUCGAGCACAUAAGCAUUGGGUUUCUGUCUCUGCUGCUGAGGGAUGACAGGGUACUGCCUGUCCGUGCCAUCAAGUUUUUUGUGCAGUGUCUCAACCACGAUGCAAUUGUUGUUCGUAAGAUGGCCAUCUCAGCUGUGGCUGGUAUUCUUAAGCAGCUGAAGAGGACACACAAGAAAGUGCCCAUCUGCCCUUAUGAAAUAAGUGGAAACCCAAAGCCUUGCAGCGUUCAGGCUGGUGACAGGCCGGAUAACCAGUGGCUGCACUAUGACAGUCAGAGUUUACCAAAGACUAAGGAAGCUUGGGAGUCAUGUUGUUUUGUGGAGAAAACACACUGGGGAUAUUACACCUGGCCUCAAACUAUGACAGUUUAUGCCCCAGCUGAGCAUCAACCGAAGCUUGGGCGAAGGAGAGAGGAACUGACAGAGGCAGAACAAAUCAUAUAUGAUCACUUUUCUGAUCCCAAGUUUGUUGAACAGUUAAUAAAAUUUUUGUCUUUAGAAGACAGAAAAGGAAAAGACAAAUUUAAUCCUCGCAGAUUUUGCCUCUUCAAGGGCCUUUUCAGAAACUUUGAUGAUGCAUUCUUGCCAGUUCUUCAGCCUCACUUAGAGCAACUUGUGGCAGACUCCCAUGAAAGCACCCAGAGAUGUGUAGCUGAAAUCAUAGCUGGCUUAAUAAGAGGUUCCAAACACUGGACGUUUGAGAAGGUGGAAAAUCUUUGGAAGCUUCUCUGUCCAUUGCUUCGAACAGCUUUAUCCAACAUCACAGUGGAAACCUACAACGACUGGGGCACGUGCAUAGCAACCUCCUGUGAGAGCAGAGAUCCUAGGAAGCUGCACUGGCUGUUUGAAUUGCUGUUGGAAUCUCCCUUGAGUGGUGAAGGAGGAUCAUUUGUAGAUGCAUGCCGACUUUAUGUGCUGCAAGGUGGCCUUGCACAGCAAGAAUGGAGAGUGCCAGAGCUGUUGCACAGACUGCUGAAGUACCUGGAACCUAAACUCACACAGGUUUACAAGAACGUGCGAGAGAGAAUCGGAAGUGUUUUGACCUACAUAUUCAUGAUAGAUGUCUCCUUGCCAAAUACUGCUGCAACGAAGUCUCCUCGUGUCCAUGAAUUUACUACCCGCAUACUUGAACAUCUGAAACCCCUCAUGGAAGCAGAUGAGGAAAUCCAGAACCACGUUAUGGAAGAGAAUGGAGUUGGGGAACAGGAUGAGCGAACUCAGGGCAUUAAACUCUUGAAAACUAUUCUGAAGUGGCUGAUGGCAAGUGCAGGACGGUCCUUCUCUACAGCUGUCACAGAGCAACUCCAGCUUUUACCCUUGUUUUUCAAGAUUGCACCAGUAGAAAAUGACAAUAGCUAUGAUGAGCUCAAAAGAGAUGCUAAGAUGUGUUUGUCAUUAAUGUCUCAGGGUUUGCUCUAUCCUCAGCAAGUGCCUUUGGUACUUCAGGUGCUAAAACAAACAGCGAGAAGCAAUUCUUGGCAUGCUCGUUAUACCAUAUUAACCUACCUCCAGACCAUGGUGUUCUACAACCUCUUCAUCUUCCUCCACAACGAGGAAGCUGUCAAUGACAUCAGGUGGCUGGUUAUAAAACUCCUGGAAGAUGAACAGCUUGAGGUGAGAGAAAUGGCUGCUACCACACUGAGUGGUCUGCUCCAGUGCAACUUCCUCACUAUGGAUGGGCCCAUGCAGAACCAUUUUGAACAGCUGUGCAAGAUGAGGUUACCAAAAAAGCGCAAGCGAGACCUGGGCUCCGUGGUGGAUACAAUUCCUUCUGGGGACUUGGUGAAGCGCCAUGCUGGGGUGCUGGGGCUCAGCGCCUGUAUCUUGUCAAGCCCAUAUGAUGUACCCACCUGGAUGCCACAGCUCUUGAUGGAUCUCAGUGCCCACCUUAAUGAUCCUCAGCCUAUUGAGAUGACUGUGAAGAAAACGCUGUCCAAUUUCCGGAGGACCCACCAUGACAACUGGCAGGAGCAUAAACAGCAGUUCACAGAUGACCAGCUACUAGUCCUUACUGACCUCUUGGUUUCACCAUGCUAUUAUGCAUAGAGAGGUUCCUUCUGGAAGAGUGAGGAUAAAGGAACCUAUCCACAAAAUAAAGGAAACUCAAAAGAAACGUUUCAUGUAGAAAACUUUUGUGUUGGAAAUCAUGAUGCCUAAUCAAAACCACUUUUGAAAUCAAACAUGAAGACCUGGUCCUAUUCAAAAAGAAUUUCACCUCCCCAGGGAGCAGCUGUGGGAGCCCCACAGUCUGCUUUGUACCUGCACUUGCAGAGCCCGCUCAUGAGUUGAUUGCGAGACCUUUCUCAUUGUCCUCCAUCACACAUCAGUCUUGUUUCUGCUUUUCUUGCACACGGUGACUUAGCCUGCACAUUUCCUACCCUCUUUUCCUGACCUUUCUUCCCAGCUGUUUCUUACAUGAAAAGAUAUGCAGAACCAGAGAGUGCUGCAAACCAGAAUAUUCUCAGUGAAGCUCUCCAAUUCUGUUGAUGCAACCUGUUCCCUAAGUCAGCACACGAUGCCAGGAGCCUGUCUUUGUCUCAGAGUUGAUUUUUCACUACUCAGAUCUGAGGGCCUGUCAGGUGAUGGGCUCUGCAUCAUUCAGUCCACCUCAGGGCAGAAUUGCCUUUUUGUAUCUUCCUUGUCCAAAUGUAAAUAGCUGAUCUUCUCUGUGCAGUAGAGAUGAUGGCAGGACAAAAUGCCUGGCUAGGUCUUCAUAGAUAGCUUGACCACGUGUGAAAUAAACAUCUGUGAUUAUCUGCAUAUUUUUAAGGGUGAAAGACUGUGGGUGUUUCCACAUCAUUAGAGCCCACACGUGGGAAAUGGUGGACUAGCAAGUGGUGGCUGGGUUCACAGAAUGAAGGUGUGCACAGUGUGAGAAGGCACUGAAUGGCUGACUGUUUCUAUGCUCAUCAGGAUUGUCACUGUUUGGGCAAGCAUCUCUUGUUCCAAGAUUGUGGGAGCUCUGUAUCUUCUUUGCCUGCAGCUUUGUUGAGAGACUGGUAUCUGUUGGCUAUUUAACAACAUGUUUAAUAUGUGUUACAUAGUUGUAAAAGACUGUAUAAAUUGUAGAGGCAUUGCAUUGACAAAACAUUGUACAGUUUGCAACCUUUUACAUGACACCAUUGUGAAAUUAAUUUGUAAAGAUUCAUACUUAGAUGUUAAUACAGCAGUAGCUCUGGCUUUUGUAUCGAAUCAAAUGCCAUUCUUAGUUUUUUAAAUUAUUUUCUUUAUCAGGACCUCUCUUUGUGUCUGGAAGGCAGAGCUUUUGCUUCUCCUGUACCCCAUCAUCACUGUGUCUCAUGCGGGUUUUAAUGCAACACUUGUGGCCGUGUCUGAAGGCUGGCAUCACAUUUUCUGGCGUGAUAAGUUCAUAGAGUGUGAGGUGCAUUGAAAUAAUUCAUCAGCUGUUGGUGUGUUUCGACUUCCAUGCAGCCCUCCAGGAGCACUGAUACAUUUCCAGUGACCUACCUGCUGAGGGUGUGACUCACUCCAGACUCCAGCACAGCAGAGUUCCUGGCGCAGUGUCUCCCGAGUGGCAGCACACAGAUGUAACCACUGUAUAGCGUAGUGCCAAAUCUAUUAUUUCCAUUGUGUAUGUAGUUUAAGACACAAUAAAUGGACUGUUUGUAACAGCUGCAACUUUCUGUGUUCCUCAAGCUCAGACUUGUGACUCUGAGACUGUAACUGCAGGUUGUUCACUGAGCUUUUCCUGAGGUGUGUGUUUGUUGUGGGCUUUGGCAGUGAAUGAAGGCAAAGGAUUAAUUAAAGAUCUAGUGGUUUGGAAACUAGCUCUUGUAUUGAUGUAAACAUGCCUUGUACCUGGUGAGGUUUCUGUGAUUCCACUGAAAGCUGGAGAAGCUAUUUGUUGAUAGGUUUUUAUAGAGCUUUGAAACUAGUGGAAAGAAUUUGCUGCAGAGGAUCCUCUGUAAAGUAUGUGUUGGCUGAUGAACUGAUGCAGCAGAUGCUGUAUGUGCUGUUUUGCCUACACUAAGGGCAGCUGACUGUUGCUGCUUUUUACUGCAGUUGGGAGUUUCUUUUGUUCUGUAUCUGUAGUCAAGGUGUAGCUGGAGUUGUUGCAGUGUUGAGGAUCUAAUGCUCUGUAGUCAGGGCUGUGAUGGCAAAUACCUGGCUGGUAUGAAUUCACAGUGACUGUUUAUAAAUCAGCGAUAAGUUACUUGAUCCAAACAGAUGGCCCAGAAAAUAGAGUGCCUACUCAAAGUACAGUUCUGUAGGAUAAAAUACAUACACACCUGUGGGAGUGUGAACCAACUUGAACCCAAUUGAUUGGUCUUCUGAGAAUGUAGGAACAGUUUAGAGUUCUUCAUCAAAUACCACAAGUCCAUUGGUGCUUUUGUUCCCUGACUUUCACAUCAUGAGUUCUGAGCUUUUUGUCACUUUGUCUUCUGCUGUCUCUUCCCUAAAGCCUUAGAGAUGAAACAACUGAAAUACCUCAGUCUGGAGAGAGAGACAUUUCUAGCAUGAGAGGAGAGGAUUUUCCACCGUGAACAGAAAGGGAGAUGGAAAAUAUGUCUUGGAGAUGGUCUGGUGUCCUUGAUAAGCCUUAGUGACCACGUGUCAGUCUGCACAAAUCACCUCAGUGACCACCACUGUCUGAAGCACCAAAGAAUGACUGAUGUGCUUCUUAGACACAUUAAGAGAGAUUUAGAAGGGAAAGUCCAUGAGGUGGUGAGAGGCAAGAAAAAGGUUAGUAUUGUCUCCCUGAGAAGGAGAGUGACUCUUAGUAAAGCUGUUUUGAAUCAAGGGUUCUCUCAGCACAGAGAAAAGCUUAGACUGCAAAGAUUGUUAGCAGAAUUACCUUUGAUUUCUGAUGGAUUGGAGUGCAGGGCUUAGAGGAAUUAGCUGCAUCCUAACAAGACAGGCUGUUUCAAAGGAUAAAAAGGAGAGGGAGCCUUGCUGCUGGCCAUGAGCCUUUCCUAACUCGAGAUUAAAUGACUUCUCUCACAAAAGGCUCUUGGAAGUUCAGCCUGCUUUCCCUGCUUGGACUUCUGGCAUCCAACUUACUGCAGGUAGCUUGGAGAAAUUACCUGAGCAGAUUUUGCUGGUAGAGAUGCAGCUGGACACCCACUUCCCUGGGAAUAGUGAGGGGUACUAAGAAAUAGGAGAUCCAACUAUUUCUGACUGGGUGUACAGAGGAAAAACAGCAGUAAACCUAAUAAAUCUGCUUUAGCAAUGACUGUGUGGUCAGAUUAGCAAAGAGGUCUUAGGCAGAAAAUUAGGUGAGUUGACCUAGAAAAUGUUCUGUUAAAGCAGCAUUUUAAAGCUUUUGUUUAUUCACUCCUGGCUUUUGUUUCCCUCUUUCUGGGUUAAUCUCCCCUUUUAUUAUUCCCACUUUUUUUCCCCUACAACUCUUUCUGUUAAAAUCCCAAGGUACUCUUCUUAGGGGCACCUUUCAAAGUCACUUCCUCUUGUGAAGAGAACAAUCAUCACUGUUUCCUCACUUUGAAGUAAUCCCCUCUUGCAUUAGGCUGGUGUUUAGUCUGUUGUUUAAUCAUGCAUUUCAGCUCUCUCUGAUGUUUAUGAAUAAGGUGGGAUCCCCCUCAUUGAGUUUUCUUACCAGGGAAAAGCCUUGUGCUCAGCAGGGCUGGGAUUCACCCACAGAAUGCAAAAUUAACCGUGAGUUGGAGGACAAAACUAUAAGUAAGUGUGAAAAGUGGUAGCCAAGCUGAGAGCCAACAUAGCCUGAAGCCAGGGGAACCCAGGGGCAUCGUGUUCAGGGGUUUGAGACUUCCUCCUCCUGUCUGCAGCUAGCUUAAGAAUAAAACCAAAGCCAAAUGCACCUGACCUAGUUGCCCCUUUCCCUGCUGCAGACCCUGCUGACCCAUGGGGCCUGCUUGGCAGCUGGAGGUGUUGAAGGUGCAAGGCUCAGAGGCCAGGCUGUUGCUGGGAUCAGGGGUUUGCUGAAACAAACUGCUCUUGGUUUCAGAAAGAAAUGCUUAGGAAAGACAAGCUUUCAGCACAGUUGUCACUGAUGGCUCCACAUUGCACUGCUGUGCUUGCACAUGAUUGCUGGGGUAGGGGAAGAUAGUUGAGACAACAUACAGGUUUGGACAAGUGUAUAGUUAGGAUAUAUAGAAAUGCACAGCUGGAGACAAGUGCCCAUGCCUAAGGCAGAAAUACUGCAUCUUUUCAUAGCACUUCUGUGCCUUGCCUAGCUGGAUGUUGAUCUUUUCCACCUGCAUUUCCAGGGCCUGGGCUUGAGCUCCCCCAGCUAUAUCUGCCUGUGACAACCUGUGUUGCCUCAGAGAACGUGCGCUCAUCCAACCCAUCUGCCAGCCACAGCACUUCAACAAACGUUGGGAGCAGAUGGAGCAAGUCAAACACCCAGCAAGAAAAGGCUGUUUCUCACAUGCUACCGACCUGCUAGAAACCUCUCUGGGGACCGAGACAAGAAACAAACCUCACUGCAGCGCAGCAGCCUUUGCAGCAGGUUUGGACCAACCAGUUGAGCUGAAGAGAAGGGACCCCAGCGCUGUGGCAGCAGGAUCCCCCCGGAGUGCCCCUCAUCCCUCCCUCCUCGCAGGCUGCAGGAGCCACACGGUCAGCAGGUCAUGGCAGGAGGUGAGCACUGCUCUGGGUUCCACAGGAGGACCCCACAAGUGAGCUUGGGACCUUCCUGUGCAGGACUGUACAUUGCCAGCAGACCUAAAACUUCACGUGCCUGUACCAAAAACCUUACUUGUGAGGCAGCCACACUACAGAAGAGAAGAGAGCUCCAUCCCAGCAGUGUCCCUGCCCUGGAUGUCCCACUGUCACUGAGAGGACAGCUCCCCAGACAGCAGCCUGGCUCAGCACAGCUGCUACAGACGAUGUCACCAAGCUUGCAGACCAUCUGAAUGACCAGCACGGUGUUACAAGGUUGGACAAGAGGAUUUACACCUUGGAACUCAAAAUUGGAGCUGUCAGAACACAGAAGAAACCCCUUUGUGUCUUGAGAGUGGAACAAAGCCUACCUCCUUCACCCUGCGGAAUGGCACCUUCAGCAUUUCUUGCUGCUUCUCCAGCUGCUCCAGGUUGUGGGGUUUGAGUGGGGAUCCUGGCAGAGACUGGCAGAAGAUGUCAUUCACAGGGGAAGCUCUGAACCUGCCCAGACAAGUCAGUGAUACGUUGCUUAUUACAGUUUACAAUUACAGUUGCUUAUUUAGCCCCACUGGAAAGUGUUUAUGAAGUGUAGGGCUGAGGAUGAGGCCCAUCAGGCUUUGUUUUCUCUUUCAGAACAGUGAUGGGUGAGAACUCAACUUGUUCUGACAUCAGUGUUCAUGGGAAAUUCAAACUCCUCCCUGUGAUUCCCCCCAUUUGUGUGUCACACUCUCUUUGCAGCUCUGUCUACACCCCCUGAAAAGUCAGAAGUCUGUACUGUUGAGAGUAAGGGCAUCCCUUUGAGGAUACUUUGGUGCAACUCAGGGAGCAGGAAAAUACAUCAAACCAGGCCCCUGAACGGCUCCUAAACCUGAAUUCUGGAAAACAAAGCUGAAAUGGUGAAUUUUCCACGUGAAAAUGAUUUCUACAGCUGGAGGUGAGACAACAAAGCAGGACAAGCAGGUGGGAGCUCCUUCAGUUGGGAGUAUGCUGAAAUAAAUGUGAAGGUUAUGGCUCAA